AUGAGUACCCAGCGCACAGUCUGUUUUGGAAGAGAAGUGUCUGUGCUACAAAGAUACAACCUACAAGGAAUUGUAAAAACAUCCAAAAAGAAAGAACUAGUCCGGAGGAAGGGCCGGGUCUCUACUGUCCUAGGUGGGGACAACAUAUCAACUGCCAAGCAACCUGCUGACAUUGGCUACAAGAUCUUUACCUCCAUGAUGCUCUUCGCUGUACAUGGGGACUACUUCUGCAGUGCCCAAGCCUACCACUAUCCCCGGUGGCACCGCUCCCAGUGCCAGGCUGCAGAAGAACAGAAGACCUCAGGAGUCCUGUAGAACUGGGGGGCUACUUUCCUUGAGCAGAGGGGCCUGAGGCAUGCUGUGGAAUGAUCUCACCUGCAAUCAUU